AUUGCCGCAUUUGCCGGACAUCAGUGGCUGUAGGGGUCAAAUGGUUAUAGCACACGAUAUCGGUACUGAAUGACAGACAUGAGGCGUAAAGUUCUUGAGUCAAGACGAAAUCGGAACAAUGCUCAACGGAGCUGUUGUAAUCGAUUGAUUUGAAGCAAAAUGCAAAAAUAUAGUGCAACAACAACGGUGGCACAUGUUAUGAAAGAUAUUGUGUUGACAGCGUACGUGCGACUCAAGGUCUGACGGACGUACUUCCACCAGCACUGACAUCUGAACCAGUAAUUGUGUGUAACAAGGUUAUUUUAUUUAGGAAAGAUGUCUGAUCACUGCUACUUUAUUUAGGCCUAGCUAAAUGCCAUAAUUGCCAACGGAGACUAGGAGCAGGACGUCAGUUCAGGAACGAUGUACAAAAUGUGCCAUACAGUUGUUAUGUAUAAUGCACAAAAGGUGACAUUUUAUUUUAGGCUGCAUACCAGUAGGAAUUCACCACUGGGCACAAAGUGUUCACUUGGAGCGAAGGAAAGGCCGUUUAGGUGCUCACUCAUGUGCCAGUUUUCAUCCAAGGUUGAGGCUAAGGCAGCAGCUCAAGCAGCACCUAUGACUUCAACAGUAAUACCAAAUACAACAGAGGAAACAAGCAGCACAACAAAUGAGCGCUUGGAAGCCGAACCAGCAGCAGAUACUUUCACAGAGCCAGACUGCAAAAAGAAGUCAGGAAUUUUAGGAAGGGCAGAUAACUCAAGUACAGACAUGGCAGAAAUUUUAAAGCAUGCAUCAGGUGUUUCAGCAGACAUUGACAAAGCAACAUUAUUUAUCAGAAAAACUGGCUCAUUGAUAGACUUUAGAGUUGAUGAAAAGGCAGAGCCUUUGUCUGUGUAUCUACCAUAUUCAAAUCAGCUCAUUUCUUUGGAAAAGCCUUCCAAAACAAACACAUCUUCUGGUGAGGAACCAAAGACAGAAUUGGAAAGCAUAGAAGAAUUGAUGUGGAAAUCCCAGCAAAUUGAUGUGAAGAAAUUGCCUAAGUACUACAUGAAGCUUUCGAAGAUUAGACUUACAGGUUUGGUUGUGGUUACAACAAUGGCUGGCUAUGCAAUGGCUCCCUGUGCCUUUAGCUUUGUCCCUUUUGUUCUCUGCUCAGUGGGAACAGGCCUUACUUCAUGUGCAGCAAAUUCCAUUAAUCAGUUUCUUGAAGUACCUUAUGACUCACAGAUGAAUCGAACGAAGAACAGACUUCUGGUAACUGGUGUUCUCAGUCCAUUACAUGCUGUGAUGUUUGCAGCAGUGUCAGGAUCUUUGGGUUUAUCAAUUUUGGCAGUAGGAGUGAAUCCAUUGACAGCAGGUUUGGGAGCAUGUAAUCUCCUCCUGUACACUAUGGCAUACACCCCCAUGAAAAGAGUGAGCAUAGCUAACACCUGGGUGGGCUCAGUGGUUGGAGCUGUACCACCUGUCAUGGGCUGGACAGCCUGUGCAGGAACACUUGAUCCAGGUGCCCUACUGUUGGGUGCUAUCCUUUAUGCCUGGCAGUUUCCUCAUUUUAACGCCCUUAGCUGGAAUUUGCGACCUGACUACUCUCGAGGAGGAUACCGGAUGAUGUCGGUGGUGAACCCUAACCUCUGUAAACGUGUAGCCUUCAGGUACUGUGUGGGUUUGAUCGCACUUUGUUCCUUAGCUCCAGUUAUGGGAGUCACAACAUGGACAUUUGCUGUGGAUUCUCUCCCGUUGAAUGCAUACCUCUCUUACUUGGGCUGGAGAUUUUACCGUGAUGGAGACAGCAAGACAUCAAGGAAACUGUUUCGGUUCAGUCUUGUCCAUAUUCCCGCCCUACUGAUGCUCAUGCUUAUCAGUAAGAAAGGCUUUGGGGAGAAGUCUAAUGUCUCUGGUCAGCCAGAGGUGGCGGCAGUAGGCAUGUCUCAGGAAACCGACAACUGCCACUCCAGCUUACAUUCUGGUAGUUGUGGGAUAGAUCAGAGGACAUCAUAGUACCUGUUCGUAGUCUGAUUUUAAUGUGUGUGAAAUGUGUAUAUAUUUUAGUAGACUCUGUGUUAGAGAGAACUUGCUUACUACCAAAGCAACACUAUUCACAUUUAAAACUUUGUUUGCCAUGUUAAACUUAAUUUAUUUGAAACAGGUUGCUAGAUUUUAUUCCAUGAUGUAUUUAGCUCAUGUAUGGUCUCAUGAAAUGAUUUGUACUGGUCACCUUUAACAGGUGGUGUAUUUGUCAUACAAUGAUGUAUAAAAAAAUAAAUACGAGUACAUGUACCUUUUACUUUCCAAAAAUGACCCACAACAACACAUUAUUGAUGAAAAGUGCAUUCAGGUCAUUGCUGUUGUUUACUCCUUUUGCACAGGCUGAAUCCUGGUAGCCAACAGAGCUGUAUUUUAGAGCUGUAACUUCAAUCUUUGUGUGAGAUAUAUUAUGCUUUGUAGAAUUACUUAUAUAACAAGUAUUUGCCUUCUUACAGACAUGGUUUUAUUUUUGUGGAACUACUUGUGGGUAAGAUCACACGGAAAAGUAUGAAAUGGAGAAAAUCAAAGUCAUUAAUCAUUCUCCUCUAAUUUUGGUGACAUUUCCGAUUUGGCAGCUUUUUACAUGUAACAGAAUUAAUACAAAACCCUUAGUUCAGUAAAGUAAGGAGAGCAUAUUAGUAUUUCAUGACAACAUUGAUCUAAAAUAUUAGCAGAGUUAUUCCCAUGGUAAAUAAUAUUCCGACUACAUUUAUUUGCCUGAUGAGGGCUUGUCACCUAGCAACACAUGGACUUUAGUUUAAUUAUUGACACUGUACAGUAGUCUCACUAAUUUUAAAUCUUAUAAAUCUAUGGAUAGAAAAACUAUGGAUAGAGCUAUUUUUAGUACCUGUUUCAGUACCUGUACAGCAUCUGUCUGAUUUGCUGUACAGGUCAAAACUGUUAAGUAUUCAGUUCUGCCAUAAAUGAUGGCUUGUGGUCAUGUACAGUAAACAUAUCUGCGAAAUUACUGCUCUAAAUAUUGUGUAUAAAGCUUGCUAUGUGUUUGUCAGAUUAGUCUCAAGGUAAGAGUUUGUAAGAUGUAUACCUGUUUGAAAUACAAAUGCAAUUCAGAUCAUGAAAACAUUGGAGUUUGUUAAUACCUGCACGUUGUGUCAGUGUCUGUAUACAACGUCCAAACUGUGCAGCUUUCUGUCUAAACAAAGAAUUUCGUCAUUUUACAUCUGAAGAAGAUCAUACUCUGAUGAUCAUUAGCCUCCCAACAGUUAUCCUACAAUCUUGUUUCGGCCAAGAAUAACUCAAGCUCUAAAUAGACCAUGGUUCACGGGUAGAGUUGCCUAUAAGUCAAUCUCACAUGAAUUUCAUUGGAAAUCACUUGCUUAAUACCAAUUCGACAUACUUCGACAUCUCUCGUGUGGAUAAGUCUGUGAGUUACUUGCUAAAGGUUGACAGUAUACGCCAAUAAAACAGACCACCACAUUUUAAAUGAAAUAUUCUUGAGUGCAUCGUUAAACUCAAAUGGAACAAAUAUAUAAAUUGUUAUGCCUCUCCAUCUAUAAAUGAGAAAUUGAUCUAAAGUUAUGCCUUGACUGUUGAAAUACAAUGACUCCUGUGAAAGAUAAUGAGUCUUUAUUUAUAUUCAUGAUAAUGUCAUUCUUAUGUAUAAGAUACCGUGUUUUUUUUUCCG